CGGCUCCGCUCCGGGCUCGGGCUCAGUCCCUGUCGCCGCUGCCGCCGCCGGGCUCCGCCUCAGCGCCGGGAGCUGCGCCCCGUCUUUGCUGAAUCACUCUGAUCCUGGAGAGAGUUCUGCUACCAUGACCUCGCUGCUUCCUCUGUGAUGGGAACGGGCACUUCCCGGCUCCUGCUGCAGCCCUGGGCCCCUCUCUGGGCUCUCAGGGUUUUCUUCCCCGUGUUGCUGUCCGUGUGUGUGCUGAGCCCCAUCGGUGUGUGCUGGGAGGGUCGGUGUUUCUUACACCUGUCCUCCUCCAAAACUGCUUGGAGACGUGUUUUCACAUGGGAACAACACCAAUUAGUGUCACAGAAGCAAAAUAUGUGGGUAAAAUUAUUGUCCCAGGUCCUGGAAGCUUGGGUGCUUUGGCUUACUUCAGCAGGACCAGACUUGAUAUAAGAGUCUUCCUUGGCUCUCUGAGAGGAGGGCCAAAGUUGUACUGGGAUGUGGGCUCUUCAACAAGAAGCAAUUAAAAGGAAAGUUUGGAAUCUGGUCUUGAAACAGGAUGUCAUGGAGCUCCUUGGGGGAGGGAAGGAAACUUCAGGAGCUUGGAAUUUAUAGUGAAGCAAUUAAACAUAAAAGAGUGAAGAUGCUGAGUGGCUGGUGUGAGCGUUUUUCCGUCCUGCCUGAGGUGCAAGCUGAGUAUUAGUAAAAAACAACUCAAGAAAAUCAAGUUAAAAUUUAAUAAACUGCAUUAGUCAUUAUAAACCUGCCAGGUGUAGAAGGUGGUAGAUGUUUGCUUUAGUGAAGCUGAUCUGCUGAAUUGCCAGAAGAUUUGGGUAACUGGUUGUUUUGAGAGCUCUCCUUCUUACUCCCCUGGUUAACAGGGUGGCACAGAACUGGAGCUCAGCGGUUGCUCUGCAGACCGUUGUCUUGCUGUGGUUUGGUGGAGUACAGUCAGUGCUUCUGCUGCUCAGUGUUUGUCAGUUCAGGGAGAUAAGAGGAGGUGAAUCGCGUAUCCUUUCAGAAGCCUUCUGUUAAACUUGGAAUACCACAGUUCAAGCAAUUGAACAGAUGGAUAAUGGAGACUGGGGAUAUAUGAUGACUGAUCCAGUCACGCUAAAUGUGGGUGGACACAUGUAUACGACCUCCCUCACAACUCUAACGAGAUAUCCUGACUCAAUGCUCGGGGCCAUGUUCAGGGGAGACUUCCCCACUGCCAGGGACUCUCAGGGCAAUUACUUUAUUGACAGAGAUGGACCACUUUUCCGUUAUGUUCUUAACUUUUUAAGGACCUCAGAGCUCACUUUGCCACUGGACUUCAAGGAGUUCGACCUCCUCCGGAAGGAAGCGGACUUCUAUCAGAUUGAGCCGCUAAUUCAGUGUCUUAAUGACCCCAAGCCACUGUAUCCUGUGGAUACCUUUGAGGAGGUGGUGGAGCUGUCCAGCACCCGGAAGCUUUCCAAGUACUCCAACCCAGUGGCCGUCAUCAUCACACAGCUCACGAUCACGACGAAAGUCCACGCGCUACUGGAGGGCAUUUCAAACCACUUCACGAAGUGGAACAAGCACAUGAUGGACACCAGGGACUGCCAGGUUUCCUUCACUUUUGGGCCAUGCGACUACCACCAGGAAGUGUCACUCCGAGUCCAUCUGAUGGAGUACAUCACAAAGCAAGGCUUCACGAUCAGGAACACCAGAGUUCAUCACAUGAGCGAGCGUGCCAAUGAAAACACAGUGGAGCAUAACUGGACUUUCUGUAGACUGGCGCGGAAAACAGAUGACUGAUUCUGACUCCACAGGAGCCACUUCAGUGAUUAGCAACUUAAUUGGACAGUAAACCCAAGAGAGUCUGGAUUUUGACUAAAGCAACAAUGUGGGCUUUUUUUAUACGACUAUUUAUUGUUUAUCAGUAAGGACUGGAGGAGUUUCGUUCUCUAGCAGCUCUGUUCUUUUGUCCUGAUCAGAAAAAAACCGUGCAUGUGCCUGUUCAGUCAAGACACCUUUUUGUUUGAAAGAGGGAGUCCGAGGAAUUAGUACAAUAGGGUAUUUUGUGUCAUUAACACAAUUCUCUGACUCGACUCAAAGUGCUAAAAUUACCUCUGUUUAAAUGGUUUCUAAUCUAUCUAAUGCUAUGACACUGGGAGCAAGAAACAAAAAGAAUUUAAAAUGCAGUUGAGGAGAAGCUGCUAUUGUGUAGACUAAUUUAGUUUCUAAAUCAAUAAACAGUAUUGUAAUAUUCUAGGAAAACAAAUCCCACCCUUUAAAAGUACUUGAUAAGUACAGUUUCUUACAGUUAUGACAACUGUUUCUUUCUAUGCAUAUAAAUCAAGCAACCAAAUAUUAUCUGUAGCCAUGGAAAUAUGAUUAGAAAUAUUUAUAUUGGAUUCUAAAUGCAAAAUGUCCCUGUGGUAGAAUUCAUAUUUUUAAUGCCUGGUGCAAUAUUAUUCCCAAGUGUAAUGCCUGCCAGCAAGAAGCUAAUAAAAAUGUGAAAUACAGAA